UGGGUUCGUUCUCCGGAUGGGAAGUUCGACAUUACCUUGAUGAUUCCUAGAAUGUGCGUCACUCUGCUUUUCUCUCGAAGAGUCUUGGAACACCGUACCUAAGCUGUGGCGGAACGACGCCGUACCAACAAAAAAUGCGAUUUUUGUUAGUGCAAAUAUUUUACUACGUGCUUGUCACUGAAUAUAUUCAAGCAACCGGUCUGAAGUGGGUGAGGGUGAACGUUCCCCAAUACCGUUCUCCUGGAGAAUCGGCCCAAUUACUUUGCGAUUACGACUUGGGCAACGAUACACUGUAUUCGAUCAAAUGGUACAAGGACCACGAGGAGUUCUACAGAUUUGUCCCGAUGGCACGACCGCAGGCGACUAGUUACAAGAUGGAAGGCAUCUUCGUAGAUAUGGGGUUAUCCGAUCGAAAAAAGGUCGUUUUACGAACGGUGAAUUUAAAAAGCAGCGGAUUGUAUCGAUGCGAGGUGUCCGCGGAAGCGCCAUCUUUUUCUUCGGCCCAAAGCGAAGCGCGAAUGGAAGUCGUAUAUCUACCCAAGGAGGAUCCUGUUAUAACAGGAGUCGAGCUACAGUAUCAAAUCGGCGACGAAAUUAACUUAAACUGUACAUCGGGGAAAAGUCAUCCUGCUCCCGUUCUUCAUUGGUACAUCAAUGAACAGCAGGUUGCGAGUCCCGAAGCUUUAAUUUACUAUCCGCAGGUACAGCACCGGCACGGUUUGAUGUCGGUUACGCUCGGCUUGAAGUUUUCCCUCAGUAGUCGGCACUUCCUGGGGGGCUCUAUGAGAGUGAAAUGCGUCGCAUCCGUUUCACCGGUCUUGUGGAAGGGGGACAGUGAAAGUGUUGUCGAAAGUCUGGCCGUUAAGGAUAUGAGGGAGGCUUUACUUCUUGUCAGAAGCUCGGGAUAUAAAGUAGAGACUUUACCUGGAAUUUUCCUAAUACUCAUACCUGCAUUACUUCUUUGUGCAAGAUUGAACUUAAAUUGAAACGCAGUGUUCUGUGUAGUGCUUACAUUUCCAGACCCACCCCCCGGUUCCCAUCUUUAAUGUUUCCGACGACCUAACUACAAAACAGACUUUUUCCGUUUAGGUGCAUAAUUUUAGAUUAUGUGUUUACUUCCAUUUUAGCUAAAACUGAAAAUAAUGAGAGUCUGGUUUCCAGCAAAUAUUUGUUCGAAGUUAGUUAAUGUGAUUUUAUUUAAGCGACGACCGUGAUAAACGUUUAAAGUGCCCCAAAAGUGGACUGACUGGGCACUAAUUUUUCAUAAGAUCCAAAUGUUGAUUUUUAUUGUGACGCUUGAUGACUGGAAGCAAAAAUAGUUUUUCUUUGAGCUAUAAAGUAGGACAUUUCUAAUAAUUUAAAAAGAAGUUUUUGUAUUUUUAUAAACGGAUUGAUUACCGCUUCUACUUAUAUGUUAUCGAAAGAUGGCUGUUGAGCAUUUUUAAAUAAAACGUAAUGUACUUAGCUAAUACUUGAAAUUUAGGUGUAAUUACACAACAUAUUUAAAAAUGGAGAUGAGAUGCUUAAUGCACACCUGUAUAAAACUUUUAGCAAAGCGAUUACUACUACUAUUCUUACUCAUAAAAUUAUAGUGAACAAUCAAUCAUUACUGUAAAUGU